GUCUUUGAGGCCACUUCCGCUCUCGCUUUCCACCGUGCAAUAUGGCGGAGGAGCCUGAGUCGGUGUUGCAACUCCCUUCAACUGCUGCUGCCGGCGGUGAAGGACUUACGGAUGUCUCCCCAGAAACAGCCACUCCAGAGCCCCCAUCUUCUGCUGCAGUCUCGCCGGGGACAGAGGAGCCUUCAGGCGACACCAAGAAAAAAAUUGACAUCCUACUGAAGGCUGUGGGAGACACCCCUAUAAUGAAAACAAAGAAGUGGGCUGUAGAGCGAACCCGAACCAUCCAAGGACUCAUUGACUUCAUCAAGAAGUUCCUUAAACUUGUGGCCUCGGAACAGUUGUUUAUUUAUGUGAAUCAGUCCUUUGCUCCUUCCCCAGACCAGGAAGUCGGGACCCUCUAUGAGUGUUUUGGCAGUGAUGGUAAACUGGUCCUACAUUACUGCAAAUCUCAGGCCUGGGGAUGAGCCACAGAGAAAAACAGCUUGCUACUCAAGAUGAUGUUUUCACAGAGGAAAAAGCUCCAUAAAGUUCUUAUGCUGUGACGAGACUUAACAGAUAUCAACUACUCAGCAUGUGUCUACUGUAACUCAUAUUCAUACAUAAGAAAACCUCUGUAGAGUGAAUAAACUAACAAAAAUAUGAUUUGUGUUAAUACACAAGUCUUCAUAAAAGAUUGACAUCACAGUAUGCCUGUUACUCCUGCCUAUUACUACCAUUGUUUCAGAUCUGCCUCCAAGAUUGAGAAGAUUGAAACUACAUGAACUUUCAUUACCAGUUUUCAAAAUGAUUGAAAUUGUUUACUUAUAGAACUAGUACUCUGCUGAUUUCUUUCAUGGUAAAAAUUAAUUUACUAAUAGGUUUUUCCGUUACUUUUUAACUCAUUCAAGGAAACGUCAGGGGUAUAAGAGGUUUAUGUUUUUUCUGUUGAAUUACCUUGUCAAACCAAGUCGCAUUGACCUCUUAGCUGAAUACCUUACAUAGUCCAUUAGAGGGCAGUCCAGCUGAUAAAAAGGGUUUGGUUAAUCCGGUUCUACAUCUUUGCCAGGUGAAAGGAAAUAAGACUUUUCUUGUUAAUUUCUGACCAAUAUGUAGCCAAGAAAGCAAGUAUGUUGACAAACUGGAAGACUUUGAGAAAAUAAUCACAAUUUAAUUAUGCUUGGAAACAGAAACAAUUUUACAAAUUCUAGACAAAUGAGUUUUAUAGGAUUUUUUUUUUUUUUUGGUACUAUCAUUUAAGAUUGAGUUCCAGUGUUGUGCUGCUUAUUUAAAUAUCACUUAUUUAAACAAUGUCCAAAGAACUUGCUGAGUAAACCUAAAAUCAUUGUGUACUUCAUAUUAUAUUCAGAUUGAAAGUAUUCAAAGAAUAAUUGUAAAAUAGCCUCAAAUUUUAUGUGUAUGUCAUGCCUUGACUAAAAGAGUACCAUUU